CUCAUCAUUCGGGAUGACCCCCAUGCUGUCGGAGAGUACAUCGGAAAUUGCAUUUAUACAGAUCGUGCGUUGAUGUCGUUUAUCGCUGAUAGGAUCGUUGACUUCAAGCCUAUGGGAUCGUCCCCGAUCCCGACGUACAACACCUCAUCAGCUCGUGAAGGGUGGCAACCUGUCACAAGUGUCUCGAGUCAAGUAUGUAUAUGCGUAACGUGUCUUGAUGUUUACGCCACCCGGCGCAGGUUUGAAGACGCGGUGACGUUCAACGUGGACGAGUACGCGGGUCUACCGCGGGAUCACUCGGAGUCGUACCAUACCUUUAUGCUCCGCGAAUUCUUCUCGUACAUCGACAUCCCGGCCGCGAACGUGAAUAUCCUCGACGAGAAAGAUGACGAUCUGAUAGGCGAAUGCAAAGCUGAGAUCAAGGUCCGCGGGGGCAUCGAGCUGUUUCUCGGCGGCACCGGCGAAGACGGAUACAUCGCGUUCAACGAGCUUAACAGCGCUCCUGACCGCGUCAUGCUUUGUCGCACGGGCUCGUUGCUCGUUUCGCGCACGCGCAUCAAGACGCUCGCGUACGACACGAUCCUCGCGAACGCCCGGUUCUUCGGCGACGACGUAUCUGCCGUGCCUCGCAUGGCGCUGACCGUCGGCGUCGGUACCGUCCUCGACUCGUGGGAGGUCGUCGUGGUCGUCACCGGCCAAAGGAAGAGCCUGGGGAUCAGUAAGGCUAUCGAGGAUAGCGUGAACCAUCCCUGGACGCUGUCGGUGCUCCAGAUACAUCCUUGGGCGCUGAUCAUCGUCAACGAAGACGCCAUCGCCGAGCUCCACAUCAAGACGGCCAAGUACUUCAAGUCCGUCGAGCGCGUGCAGGAGGAGGUUGAAGAGGCACACGCGAAAUCGCCCGCGCAGGGCCCGGAGGAAGGCGACGGCCCGUUGGGCGGCAUGGAAUGA